AUGAAAAUACCUUUUGUCACAAUCAGUUUUCAAUGUCAAACUGUUCUUUAUCUAUCUAUCUAUCUAUCUAUCUAUCUAUCUAUCUAUCUAUCUAACCAUGUUCAUAUCUAUCUAUCUAAGCCUCUUGUUUCUAUCUAUCUAUCUAUCUAUCUAUCUAUCUAUCUAUCUAUCUAUCUAUCUAUCUAUUUCACUCAUAAUUAUUUUUAUAUAUUUUUUGUUUCAGAAUUUUUGUCUAUCUAUCUAUCUAUCUAUCUAUCUAUCUAUCUAUCUAUCUAUCUAUCUAUCUAUCUAUCAAAACUGUUAAUCUAUCUAUCUCUUGUUUUAUCUAUUAAUCUAUCUAUCUAUCUAUCUAUUAUCUAUCUAUCUAUCUAUCUAUCUCCUCAUAAUUAUUUUUAUAUAUAUCCAAAUUUUCAUUGUUUUAUAAUCUUCUUUUUGAGAUAUGAUAUUGAAUGUGCAAUAUUCUUCUUUUAUAUGCCAUAUCUCAUCAGGAUAUUGAAUGAGUGCAAUAUUCUUCUUUUAUAUGCCAUAUCCCAUCAGGAUAUUGAUGCAAUAUUCUUCUUUUAUAUGCCAUACCCCUUCAGGAUAUUGAAUGAGUGCAAUAUUCUUCUUUUAUAUGCCAUAUCUCAUCAGGAUAUUGAAUGA